UUGAAACUAUCGUUUAAUGUCAAAACUGUAUUUUUAAAUAAUAAGUAUUUUUUAUAAUGUAAUUUGCCGAGGUGUUGCUUUUAUUUAAUUUUUAAAAUUAGCAAAUACUAUAAAUGCGUGACUGUAUGAUGUGUUUUUUGGAAUUUUGGUAUAAGUUCCGACGAAGGCUAUUCAGCGUUAAAAAGUUACAAACUUGUUGAGGUUAGUGAAACACGCAAGAUGUUGACCUGCCUUAUAAACAGCAGUGGUUGCGAUGAACGCUUCAUUUCGAUCCAACCGACGAUGUCGGAGGUUGCUAACGAAUCUCCAAUAGAACUAGACCAACUUGACGAAAUGGACGCAUGUUACGAAACAUUCGACAAAGAUGGGGAUGGGAAGCUGAAUCUUGAUGAGUUCCGCCUGAUAUGUAAGGCUCUCUUCCGUAAUGACAAAGGCCACAUCUAUCCAUUGAGUGAAGAGAGAGCUAGGCAUAUUUUCCAAGUAUUCGAUAAGAAUGGAGAUGGAUACAUUGAUAAGGAGGAGUUUACAUUCUGCUGGAACCAUUGGAUUAAAGUAAUAGUACGACCAGUGAGUGCAUUCCUCGUUGUAGAUGUCCAAAAUGACUUCAUCUCUGGGACCCUCAACAUCAGCAAAUGCAAUGCCCAGCAAGAUGGAAAUGAGGUGGUGGAACCGAUAAAUGCGUUACUCGAGUCGGUGCCUUUCGAUUGCGUUUUUUAUUCUCUUGAUUGGCAUCCACCGGACCACGUCUCCUUUAUUGACAAUGUACAUAUGCGGGAACUGGAUCCUUCGAGUCCUGUUUCAGCUGAUAAGGCACAAGCCUACGACACCGUCGUCUUUGCGGGCCCUCCACCAAUGAGACAGCGUCUAUGGCCACGGCACUGCGUACAGGAUUCCUGGGGCGCAGAAAUUCAUAAGGACCUCAAGGUAGUAGACGGCGCGAUAAAAGUGUACAAGGGUACAAAUCCGGACGUGGACUCGUAUUCAGUGUUCUGGGAUAACAAGAAGCUCACCGAAACAAGUCUCAGCACUCAGCUGCGCAUGCGCGCGGUCACUGAUAUUUACAUCUGUGGCAUCGCGUAUGAUGUUUGUGUCGGUGCAACAAUAGCAGACGCACUCGCCAUAGGCUACCGUUCAGUGUUGAUAGAAAACGCCUGUCGUGGCGUGGAUUUAGCUGACAUGCAACGGACUAAGAGUACCAUUAUUAAUAAUAAUGGACUUAUUAUUAAUUCUGAGGAUGUACUAGCAAUGGUGGAAGGCCGUGAUCGAAGGCCUGAAUUGGGAUAUAAACUCGCCAUGGAACUGAAGAAUGCUAUGGACGAAGAAUAAUGCACUUAAUCUUAAAUAUUUUACGUUUAUAGUAACCAGUUUUGCUUCUUUUAGCCAUUUAUUCGGUAAAUUGUAACACACAGCACAAAUAACAAAAGGUAAUCUGAGACCUUUAAAAUAUUGUAACUUUAGGUUAUGUUCUGAUGAAAUAUUGACUAGCUUUUGCUACUUUGUUCGUAAUUUGAUACUUCAUGUAUUAGUAUGAGAUACAGCUUGUAUCCCCUUAGUGGUGAAAUAGUAAAAAGAUUGCGAACCUAAUGUAAGAAGCAAAUCAAGCAACCUUUAGUUUUAAGUUGAUAAAUUGUCAGGACAUAUAGUAUAGACAAUACUAGAAGUACUUUUCACUUCAACGCAUUGUUGUCAUUGUGAGUAGCACUUAAUCUUUGGUCACAUUUAUGCCACAUAAGUCAAAAUAUGUGUUUUAGCAUAGAUAAUAGAAUUUUACGUGUAACUAUCUAAUGUCUUAAAUAUGCUUCAUAGGUAUUUUCCUUUGGGAAUUAACAAGCUCAGGAAUCAGCUCCCAGUGAAGGUUAAGGUCCCUAGGAUACACCUCCAAAUAAUACAAAUAAGACCUUAAAAGCAUUUAACGCACCCACUAAUAUAAAAAUUUAAAAGUUCAUUUCUUAUAUCUAUUUAUUAUCAGUGCCUCGACAGUAUUAAAGACAUUGAAAAUGGGGCUAAUUUUUAAACCCGUUAAAAAUGGUACUUAAAAGAGGAAAUCACUCGACUGCAAUCCUUUUCCGUGUUACAUAUCUUUGGGUAAAAAUACUAUUUGGGGAGUGAGAAUGUAAAACUAAGGACUAAACGAUUAUCUUUCCUUUCGAUUCUGAUUGGUCUACAGCAUAAUAGUCCAAUACGCGUUGACACGCGACAUCGUGCUUUAUGUUAUUAUGUCAAAUGGAUCUGUCAAAUCACAAUGGAACGGAACGCCAUGUCGCUGUCGUUGGUUGUAUAUUUUCCCGCUCUUAUUUGCUUCAUGAAAUGG